AUGGCUGGGGUUAGUGAAAAUGGUUCUUUUUCUUUGUACACUUUGCUCUUGAUUUCUUCACUUUUGUUAUUGGCUUCCCAAACCCAUGUUUCUUCUGAGAGAAUUGCGAGGCCUCCCAUUGUGAAUGGACUAUCAUGGAACUACUAUUGGAUUUCAUGUCCAAGGGUUGAAAGGAUUAUAAGGAAGCAUCUUGAGGGUGUCUUCAAAAAGGACACUGGCCAAGCUCCUGGCAUACUUCGACUCUUCUUCCAUGACUGCUUUGCUCAAGGGUGCGAUGCAUCUAUAUUGUUGAAUGGGGUGGAUGGAGAAGAAGAUGAAAAGGAACACCCUGCCAACCUUGGCUUAAGGGAAGAAGCCAUUCAAACCAUUGAAAACCUUCGUGCUCUUAUUCGUAAGCAGUGUCCAAGAGUUGUCACUUGUGCAGAUAUUCUUGUUAUUGCGGCGCGCGAAGCCGUUCGCCAAUUAGGAGGACCCGAUUUUGAGGUGCCUUUGGGAAGAAAAGAUAGCUUCAAUUUCAACGUAACGGCACCUGACAACCUUCCAGCACCAUUCUUAAGAACCGAUGAGCUCCUCGAAAUUUUCGGAGGCAGAAACUUCGAUGCCACAGAUGUUGUUGCUCUCUCAGGUGCCCACACUUAUGGUCGAGCACACUGUCCCUCAUUAUUCAACAGGACCAUAGAAUCAGACCCACCAAUAGAACAAAACUUCAAGAACAAACUCGAUUUGACGUGUCCCAGUGAUGAAUUCCCCAACACCGUUGAUUUGGACAUCAGAACUCCGAAUAAGUUCGACAACAUGUAUUACAUCAACCUUUUGAACAACCAGGGUGUGUUCACCUCCGACCAAGACUUGGCGAGUAACUUCAAAACAAAGGAGAUUGUCAAUACUUUUGCUUCUGACCAGAAAAAGUUUUUUGACAAAUUUGCCGAUGCUUUUGUGAAGGUGAGCCAAUUGGGUGUUUUGACUAAAGAUCGAGAUGGGGAAGUUCGCAAGACAUGCUUUGCUCCAAAUAAGAGGAAAUCUUCGGUGGCAUUUGUGGUGGAAGAAGUGGUCGAAUUGGCUGAGAAGCUUUGA